UAAUUACCUACUGGUUAUCCUAACCCAACUGAUUCCUGCGUAUUGCAGGGAAGGGUAGGUAUUAUGCUGUUUAAAUAUUGCCCAUUCGGCCAGCGAUUACUGGCCAAUAAUUUAUAAACGAGGUUAGGUCGAAAAAUUAGCUGUCAGGCGCAAGGUCUUCGUUUCACUUUAGUAUUGAUAGAUGGUUGUAUAUGGACGCUCUACGUUUAUAACAACGACUCAGCGUCUCAGCAAUCAGCAUCUGCGGUAUUCUUAAUUCUUAUAUAUAAUAUCAAUACUAAUUAAGUACUAAGAUUUAUGUUUUUUCUAUCCACUGGUAAAUCAGCCUAAUUUCGCCGAAAAUGAACGUUUAUUUGGACUGAAGUAAUGAUGUGCAUUGUGACAAGCUAACGAAAAUGUAUUUAUGUAGAUAAUGGUACAGGGACAUUGUCACAAUAAACAUUGUAUUAAUUACAAUAGUUGGAAAUGGACCCACAAUUAACCAAACAAUUAAUUCGAAGACGGUUGAUUUUAGAAAAUUCUUUGGAAAAUUCGAUAAAUUAUGGAAAUAAAAUAAACAAUAUUGACGUAUCAUCAAUAUUAGUAACAGAUAAUAUACCACCAAACAAUAUAAAAUACAAUUUUCUGGAAAAAAUCAAAAAAUUUGAAUCAUUUAGUGAUAAUCCAAUAAAGAGAACACAAUAUCCAAACAUUGUAGACAAACCUCGUAGUAACACUGAAAUUGUUAACAAAUUUAAUAAUCUGAAUAAAGAUAUAGUAUCAAAGAGAAUACAGAUAACAAAUAAACUUGAAUCUGACAAUCCCGAGGGCUUAAAUAAUAAUAACAAUAAUAUAAAUAAAGAUAACUUAAAUGAAAAAAUCAAACAAUUUGAAACAUCAUUUGCACCAGAAAAUAAAAUCUUAAAAUUAAACACAAGUUAUUUUAAGGAACAUCUACAAACGUCAAAUGAGUUAACCAAAACAUUAAAAAAAAAGAGAUGCAGUAAAUCGGAUUAUAAUAAUUGGGAAAUAGACAAAAACUGGGUAUACUUUACGGAUUAUUCAAAGGCAAACAUUGAAAAAAGUUUAUUGAAAAAAAAAUUAUUAAGUAGGAAGAAAAAGUACACUGAAAUCAUUCUCAAUAGCACAAAAUAAGUAAGGUACCUAACAAAAAUAUUGAUUCCACCAUACAAUAAUGAUUUAUUAUUUUAAUAAAGAUACACGUUUUAAUAUACGAUCAGUCAUUUAAUGAUAUUUAUUUGACCAUUUUCUAGAUAAAAACUUAAUUUAAUUUAAGUAUGGAUAACUUCGGUACAAGAAUGAUUAUUUCGCACAAUGGCACCCCCCCAAUUGACAAUAAUAUAACGGAUAACACACCAACAUGUAGUUUAAUUCCGCUUGGUUCAGAUAAAGAUAAUAAAGUUAAAUUAAACAAUUCACAGCUUUUGUCUACAGAUGGUUGGGAGAAUUAUCAAAAAGAACUUAUACAGUUAUGUUUUGAAUUUUGGGAAGUAAACGAAACACAAGUCAAAGUAAACAAUAGUUUACCGUCUGAUUCAGUAAGUGAGCUACAAACACCGUCGUCUUUAUUUGCCGAUAGCUAUCACAGAAAUGUCAUUAAAUUUGAAUCAAAAGCCACUAUUGACAAUGUUAUUAUUUCCGACAAAGUUCAAAACGAAGAAUGCGCUGAGAUUAAUGAUAAUUCUUUAAUAAAUAAAUAUGAAGAUGACCCAGGUAUUCAAGAAUUUUCUAAAGCUAUAAAUACUAAUGCAGAUGGGAACACUAAUGAAAAUAGUUCAACAAUUCUUGACAACAGAAUAAAUACAAGAACUAAAAAAAAAUUGAAAAAAUUUUCUUUCUACAAAAAUACGAGCAAACAUGUCAAACCAUCUAAAAAAGUACAACCAUUAAUUUUUGAUGGUUAUACAUCAUGCACUUUAGAAGACUUGUGGAAGUAUAAAAAAUGGUUGGACUCAGUUGAUAAAGUUAAAAAAUAUAAUCCAGAUAUAGAUAUUAAAGAUGGAAAUAUCAAAGAAAAUGAAUAUUCUGAUAAAGUAAACUGUGAUAAAAUAAAUGAUUGCAAUACAUAUUCACUAGAUUUUGAAGCAAAAGAAAUGGAACAAAAAGUUCGAAAACUUGUUGAAUCAUUAAACGAGAAGGAUAAAUUGUUCUCAAGUAUGGGAAUAAAUGAGCAAUCGACUAAAUUUGGAUCGUCAAACAAAUUUAAAUAUUUUUUCAAAAACGCUUUUCGAGGAAAUCAAAAUGAAUUUGAUACCCAAAUUUUGGACGAUUACACAAAAUUUAUCAAUCACAAAUUGCAUACGUGGCAGAGUUUAUUGAAUUGUUUAGAAGAUAUUAGACAAAGGAAGUCUUCUAAAAUUAAAAUGUGCAAUCCUUCGGAAGAUCCUAUUAAGUACAGGUUUUCUGAAAUAAAUUAUCACGAUUUUAAAGUGACGGAUGACUAUGAUGACAAUAAUUCCAAAUUUGUCGAAAUAAACGACAAUUUCAGUGAAAUGGGAAAGCUAAAAAAAAAUAAGUUUUUAAAAUUGCUCAACAAAACAAAAAGUACUAUGGAUAUGCGUACAUUAGUUAAACGGACUACAGAACGAAAUAGCAUAGAUAGUAUCCGAAUGAAUAAUUACCAAUGUAUAUCGAACCCAACCAUCGAUGGUAAAAUACAUAAAAUGGACACUGAGAUUAUAAGCAAGAACAAAAAUCUGAAAUUUUUGGGCCAAAUUAGGAAAAGUUUAUCAGAUACUGAUCUACCAGUCAUGGCAUCAGAUUACGACAAAUCAAAACAAAUUGGAAAUAAAACCAUCAGAAUUAACGGGAAAAAAAUAAUCACUGAAACGUCGAUGACAGACGAGGAAUAUAAUCGUCGUUGGGACGGCGUGACUAGAGAAUUGUGGGAGGAACGGCAGGAGUGCUUUCAGACGGCUGUGGCUCGUUUAGAGUACGUAGGGAGCACGUUUAAUGAACAAUGUCGAUUGGAUGGACUGAAAACCCUAUGCAAAGUAGACGUAUUGGCGAGCUUUGGGUAUUCAGCAGAAGCGGUCGAUCUUUUCGUUUCCACGCUGCCACUAAGUAUGAAUCCUGAUUUAAUGAUUCGAAAAGCCGAAGCAGCGUACGACUGGAGGUUUUUCUGUCAUCUUUCUAUGUGGCGUUAUUCCUAUAAAGAUUGAAAAAUAAAUUAAUAUAUAAAUAUUGCUGGAUUACCUAUAUAAUAUACUAUCAUACUAGUUGACACAACUCACUUUAGUC